CGCAAAACUGGACAAUUGCAUCCGAUCCGAAGAAGCGAUAUCAACGAUGCGAGUCAGUUAAAAGAGUGUAUUCUUCCAGUGACAAUCGAGACUAGACUUGAUAAAAAUGAUUUUGAUUUGCUUAAUUUCUGUCGUUGCUUGGGCUCAAGCAGCAACCGUGGUUCCACUACAAUCCUCCAACGUGGACGUGAGACAUUCUGGAUCAGAGUUUUCCUACAAUAUCCAGGAAACUCGUGGAGUAGCCGCUAUUCCCGACGCAGUUCCCAUUAUUCAACCUUUACUGAAAUCAGUUGCUCUCGAAGACAAACCUUUGCCAGUUGUAGGAGUCGAACAUCAUGUUAAAACAACCCAAACUCAGCAUGAGGCUCAUAGCGCAUCAAAAGUCGAAUCUCGAUCAACAGGCCCAAUAAUGGAACAACCGAAGCAAAUUGAUGGCGCAAAACUGCAACCUUUGAACAGUGCAUCAGAAGCCAAAAAAGUGGAGUAUUUGGCUCCGAUCGCGCCCCCUUUAAUUGGCACUCCUUUAGAAACGAUUUACUAUAAAACAUACAAUGCGGGAGUUCAGGGAGUUCCGAUCAAUGUUUUUCCUAACGGUCCCCUGAUUUCGACAAUUCCAGCACUUCCAGCCGUUUAUCCCUACACUUUGGUCAGAACCGUAUAAGGAUUAGAGUCGGAAAUUUGGGGAAGAUCAAUUGAUUUUUUGGGGAAUAUUGGUGUGGAUGAACAACAAUAAAAAUUUGUGGGUAAA